GGGGGCGGCCGGGGGCGCCUUCCCGCCGGCGGCGCUGCCUUGCUGCCGGCUGUCAGUCGCCCCGGCGGGGUAGCGCCGCCCGGCCUCCGCCCGCGUUGUGUAGCGUCCGCGUAGCAGCUAGUGCCAGGGAAGGGGGGGCUGCCUGCAUUCUGGCUCUUUCUGUCUCAGCCGCCGCCGGGUGCUUGGCGGCGGCCCUGGGAGCAUCUCGCCUCCCGCCCCGCGCCUCGCUGGAGGGGUGGCCCUUCGGAGGAGGCGGCGUUUGUGCAAAGGCAGCGCCAGGGACCUGAGGGGAGAAAUGAGGGGUCGGGGGUGAGAGUUAAGACUGAGACCGCCGGCUUGACCAUCGCCCCUGCGGCGGGAAGGGUCCACUCCUCUGCCGGUGCUGUGCCCUGUCCAAAGGAUGUACCCGCCUGAGAGACUGGAGACACGACUGUAGAGACCACAGGUGACCCAUGCGUUGCCAUCUUGAAGGUGGUCUUGCUGUGAGAUAGAGAGGGCAGGUGUGCUGUCGUUCUUGCCCGUGCUCCCAGCAGGAGACCCCAGGUGCUGACAUCCCCCUUCCCCGGGGCCUGGCCUGCCUCCUCACAGCCACGCACGUUUUAACCACCAUGUUGGCUAGAUCGGAUCGGAGCAAGAUCAGAUGACAUGGUGGCUGGGACGUCAGCAGCUGGGCCAAGCUGGUGUUCCCACUGUUGUUACUGCUGAUAGCAACUGGUGUGUCUGCAAGAGGCCUGGUGAGAGGCUUAAAGAGAAAUACCAGGGCAGUCGAGCUUUUCACCCAUAUCAAAGCUAUUUUCUCUCCUGAUAUAGCGUCAUGGUUGUGAGCCAGGCAGUCUGUGACCAGUGGGUUGGAUUGAUGUUUGUCAUGAUGACAUGAUGUGAUCUGACACUUCAUGUGCUGAGACUUGCUGUCUCCUUCCUCCAGGUCACCAGGAAGGAUCCUUGCAUUUAUAUAUGCCUGUGCUGAACUGAUCUAAGGAGAAGAAUACUUUGUAUUUAUUUUUUCUUUAGGGUUUACAGUGAUGAAUGAUGCUGCUAUUAAAAUAUUACGUGGGUGCUAAUUUAUUGCAGUAGGGGUGCACUUCUGGCCUCAUAGAGAUAACAGUGUUCUUCUGACCAUGCAACAGCCCUGAAGUGUGCAAUGUUUGGAUCUGUACUGUUCUGUACUUUCUGCCUUCCUCACUCCCCACCUGAGUUCUGCAUUUGUUUCUUCUUUCUUGUGAUACUUAUUCAUUAAUUAUGCUUCUUUCACACUGGCAUGUGGAAGAAUUUCUGCCACCUUUUGUCCCAACACUGCCUUUGGCAUUUUCUUCCUUUUCUAUUCUGUCUUCUCUGUUCCUCUGUUCCUAAUGCUUUUGGUCUGCUCUGUUUGAGCUUCUCUUUCAUAUUUUCUCCUUGGCUAUUUUUUCUUUUCAUCCCUAGUACUGUUCAAGACACUGCAUCUUACUCUGCAAUGUCCCUGCUGCUCUCUAUUUUAAGAUUUACUUGGGGUCCAGGUUUCAGAUCUUUCCACCUCCUAACAUUCUUUUCCAUGAUGCUCCAGGUAGAGUAUUUGGUUAAUGGACACAUCCUGUGCAUUGUAACCUACUGAAUGUAUUUUGUUUACCAAGGCUGCUCCCCUGACUAGUAUUUAUGGCAUUCCCAAAUGUCUUUGACUCUACAUAACUUCAAGAUUCUCUCACCUGCAAUUUUUGACAAAUGGUGAUGGACUCUGACAAGGACUGUACUGAUGUGCAUACAUCGAUAUCAGGCAAACCUCCAAACCCAACUGUUGCUGUUGUUGCUUCUACCCUUGUUGAUGACAGGCAAGAAUCAGAAUGUCUUGGGAAGGAGUCAAGUCACAAGUCAUAAUGAACCGCAAUUUACCAAGAACAGCAGCAAAACACUACAAAUGAGAAAACAGAUCGAUCACAACAGAAGAGGCACUGGUCUAAACAUCAAUCUGUGGCCACCUCACAGCUCUCUGGCAGGUUGUAUGAAGAACAGGUAAAAUGGUGGCAAUCUGGGAAAUCGUCUCGAGAAGCCUCCUGUUUUUGUGACUACAUGUACCUCGUAUCUCAUACCAGCAGUAUUGACGGUGACUUUGAUCAUUUGACUCCUCAUGCCCUGCCUGAGGUGUUCUAUUGCAUUCAAAGAAAACUAGUUCUUUUUCACCUUAAAUAGCAGUAACUGGUGUUUAGUUGUGGUAAGUAAUGUGUGGAAAUGCCUGAUGCCCACCCUUGUUCUUUUCCAGGACAGUGAAGCAACCAAGACCAUCUUUAAAGACUCCUAAUGGUUUUACUCUUGAUUCAGUCAACACUUACAGGGGGCUAGGGAGUUUAGUUAGGUCUGUGUAGAUCCUAGAGGGACACCCAGCAAAGAACUGUGGAAUAACUUUUUUCUUUUUACUUUUUUAAAAUUUGGUUUAUGUGCUGACCCUGUGAUAAUGCCUAAGUACUUCCAGAGAGUGACAUCACUUUUUGAAGUGUAUCGCUGGGUGCUCAGAAACUCAGAAAAUUGGGUCAUUCGCACACGUCUGUAUCUUGAAAGCUGGCAAAGUUUUGCCAUGGGGCUUUCCUUCAGAAGGUUCUUUGUGUUCUGGGGGCUGAAUUUGUCAAUGUUCUGGGAUACAGAAUUGAGAGGUGAGGUUAAAGCCUUUAGCAUGGGGCUAAUGUUAAUAUUUAGGCUUUAUAAAUAAGUUCUCUGUUUUAGUAUUUUGCCUGAUACAACUGCGUGACAAUGCUGAUUAAUAGAAAUAAGUAUAUUUACUUCUUUUUUUUUAAAAAAAGUGAUUGUAGAUAUCCUAUAGCCUUUAUUGAAAGUAAGUAGAUGUAGAGAGGUAGACAGUUUUCUGAAAUACAUCUAGACCUGUAUUCUGACAUCAUCUUUGGCAUUUUGUUAAUCCAAUUCACCUACAGAUAUCUGACAGCAAACCAUGGCAGCCACAGUAAACUGUGCAUCUUGCUGUGAAUUGUUCUUUGUUGGAUACUGUGAAACAUGGUCUGUUUUCUUUGAAAAUAUGCCUGCCUUCAUACUCUUUCCCCUGCCCCAGCAAGAGAAAGUAGCAUCACAAAAUACAUUUAUGAAGUAAUUCCUUUCUUAAUCUAACCUAAUCUAUAUUACUUUUUAUAGGGGUCUUUGUGACAGUUAAAAAAAAAAAAAAGUGUCUGUCUUUAAACAAUCUGGUAAAUUGACCUGCAAAUCAGACUGAAGUGCAGAUAAUGCUCAGAAAGAAUGACGUGUGGGACAAAGAGAGGAAAACUGGUCUUGAGCUGCUAAAGUAAACUUCUGUAACCUGGAGUGAAACACAUCAUAACCAAAUGUAACUACCCCAGUGGUUUUCGGGGUGUGUAGGAGGCUAGUUAUGGCUGGUCUCACAGAGGCAGGGGUAACCUACUGCAGAGCACAGGCCUGUGUGGUGGCCUGAAAGGCUCUGAUCUUGUUCCUAGCUAUAGUGAGGCAAUCUGAGUACGCGUCACAAAACUUAUGUUUUCAGUUUUUUGGAGGGAAGAGUAGUGAUAGAUUUUAAUUAGCCAUUAAUGUCACCUUAAAAUAAAUUUGUCAAGUAAAACACUUGAAAGUAAGGGAAUAUAAUUAAAGUUGCUUAUGCAUCCUAAGUUCAUUACUUUUUCAUAUACAUUAUGACUGUCGCUAAUUGGAUUUUUACUUGCUGUUUUCCCAUAGAUCCCAGCCCUAUUCAGUCAUAUGAUGGGCUUUCUGUGUGUGAUGAAGCAGUGUAAUAUUGUGAGGGAGGCUUUUGUCUGUCGAAAUUGGGAAGUUGCUUCCAAAAUCCGUUACCUUCAGGAAUACCACAACCGGGUUCUCCACAAUAUUUACCCUGUGCCCUCUGGAACUGACAUUGCAAAUACUCUGAAAUACUUUUCUCAGACGUUAUUGAGCAUUUUGUCCCGCACAGGGAAGAAGGAGAAUCAAGAUGCCUCCAAUUUGACAGUGCCCAUGACCAUGUGUCUUUUUCCUGUGCCAUUCCCACUCACCCCAUCUCUAAGACCACAGGUCAGUUCCAUCAACCCUACUGUUACUCGCUCCCUCCUUUACAGCGUCCUGCGAGAUGCUCCAUCUGAACGUGGCCAGCAAAGUCGUGAUGCUCAGUUAUCAGACUACCCAUCUUUGGACUAUCAAGGACUUUACGUGACACUGGUGACACUGCUGGAUCUAGUUCCCUUGCUACAACAUGGUCAACAUGAUCUUGGGCAAUCAAUUUUUUACACUACUACUUGCUUACUUCCUUUUCUGAAUGAUGAUAUUUUGAGUACUUUACCCUAUACAAUGAUUUCAACACUAGCUACCUUCCCUCCGUUUCUGCACAAGGAUAUUAUAGAGUAUCUCAGCACAUCUUUUCUGCCUAUGGCUAUAUUGGGAUCCUCAAAAAGAGAAGGUGUUCCAGCACAUGUCAAUCUAUCUGCGUCAUCAAUGCUAAUGAUUGCAAUGCAGUACACAUCAAACCCGGUGUAUCACUGCCAAUUAUUGGAAUGCCUCAUGAAAUAUAAGCAAGAAGUAUGGAAAGAUUUGCUAUAUGUGAUAGCCUAUGGACCAUCUCAAGUUAAACCUCCAGCAGUACAAAUGUUAUUUCACUAUUGGCCCAACUUAAAACCCCCUGGGGCAAUCAGUGAGUACAGAGGACUGCAGUACACAGCCUGGAAUCCCAUUCAUUGCCAGCACAUUGAAUGCCAUAAUGCAAUCAACAAACCAGCCGUGAAGAUGUGCAUUGACCCAUCCUUGUCUGUGGCGUUGGGUGAUAAGCCACCUCCCCUAUAUCUCUGUGAAGAAUGCAGCCAGAGAAUUGCAGGGGAUCACAGUGAAUGGCUGAUUGAUGUGCUUCUACCACAAGCUGAAAUUUCUGCUAUAUGUCAGAAGAAGAACUGUAGUUCACAUGUCAGAAGAGCUGUUGUCACGUGCUUCUCAGCGGGCUGCUGUGGCCGCCAUGGCAACAGACCAGUGCGUUAUUGCAAAAGAUGCCACUCAAAUCAUCACAGCAGUGAAGUUGGGGCAGCUGCAGAAACCCAUCUUUAUCAGACCUCACCACCCCCUAUCAAUACCCGGGAGUGUGGGGCAGAGGAACUUGUGUGUACUGUGGAAGCUGUGAUCAGCUUGCUGAAGGAAGCAGAGUUUCAUGCUGAGCAGAGAGAGUAUGAACUCAACCGCAGGAGACAGAUGGGCCUCUCCUCUUCCCAUCACUCCCUGGACAACACAGACUUUGAUAAUAAAGAUGAUGACAAGCAUGACCAGCGCCUCCUGAGCCAGUUUGGAAUCUGGUUCUUGGUGAGCCUUUGCACUCCCAGUGAGAAUACACCCACAGAGAGUUUAGCAAGGCUGGUUAGCAUGGUAUUCCAGUGGUUUCACUCUACAGCUUACAUGAUGGAUGAUGAAGUUGGUAGCCUCGUUGAAAAGCUCAAACCCCAGUUUGUUACUAAGUGGUUGAAGACUGUUUGUGAUGUCCGGUUUGAUGUCAUGGUUAUGUGCCUCCUUCCUAAACCAAUGGAGUUUGCCAGGGUUGGUGGAUACUGGGACAAAUCGUGUAGUGCUGUGACCCAAUUAAAAGAAGGGCUGAAUCGAAUCCUUUGCUUGAUUCCAUACAAUGUGAUAAACCAGCCGGUGUGGGAAUGUAUCAUGCCAGAGUGGUUGGAAGCUAUAAGGACCGAAGUGCCUGAUAACCAACUGAAAGAGUUCCGGGAAGUGUUGAGCAAAAUGUUUGACAUUGAACUUUGCCCUCUUCCCUUCUCCAUGGAGGAGAUGUUUGGCUUCAUUAGCUGUCGAUUCACUGGGUAUCCAUCCUCUGUGCAAGAGCAAGCAUUGCUUUGGCUUCAUGUGUUAUCUGAACUAGACAUCGUUGUUCCUCUUCAAUUACUAAUCAGCAUGUUUUCUGAUGGAGUUAAUUCUGUAAAAGAGUUAGCAAAUCAAAGAAAAUCGAGAGUCAGUGAACUGGCAGGAAAUCUUGCAGCUCGGAGGGUAAGUGUUGCUUCUGACCCUGGGCGCAGAGUUCAGCACAACAUGCUGAGUCCUUUCCCAAGCCCUUUCCAGAGCCCAUUUCGGAGUCCAAUGCGGAGUCCUUUUCACAGCCCUUUCAAGAACUUUGGACACCCCAGUGGAAAGACAAUUGAUUUUGACUGUGAAGAUGAUGAAAUGAAUCUUAAUUGCUUCAUUCUGAUGUUUGAUCUCAUCUUGAAGCAGAUGGAACUCCAGGAUGAUGGUGUCACUUUGGGCUUAGAUAACAGCAUUUCAAAAGAUAUAAUAUCCAUCAUAAACAAUGUGUUCCAGGCACCCUGGGGUGGUUCUCACACCUGUCAGAAAGAUGAAAAAGCUGUUGAAUGUGGUCUGUGUCAGUCCAGCAUUCUGUGUUACCAGCUGGGUUUUGAGCUGCUGGAACAGCUUGCUCCAAAAGAAGAAAUCAGGCUUGUGGAGCCCACAGAUAACCUCGAGGAUAGUCUUCUGUAUACUAGACCUGAGUUUAUUAUAGGAACUGAAGGAGAAGAGGAAAACAAAUUGGCCCCAAAGCAUGGAGAAAACCCAGGAAAUCACACAGAGACCACAGAAAAUGCUGCGAUAAAGAAUGACACAGAAAGAAAAUUUUGUUACCAGCAACUUCCAGUUACCUUGAAGCUCAUCUACACUAUAUUGCAGGAAAUGUCAAGGUUUGAAGAACCAGACAUUCUUUUUAACAUGCUGAACUGUCUGAAGAUCCUGUGUCUUCAUGGGGAAUGCCUGUAUAUAGCAAGAAAGGACCAUCCACAAUUUCUUGCCUAUAUUCAAGAUCACAUGCUGAUUGCAAGCUUAUGGGGAGUUGUGAAGUCUGAAUUUUCUCAGCUUUCUUCCCUGGCAGUCCCACUUCUUCUUCAUGCACUUUCGCUUCCCCAUGGAGCUGACAUUUUCUGGACAAUCAUAAACAGCAAUUUCAAUAGCAAAGACUGGAAGAUGAGAUUUGAAGCAGUGGAGAAGGUGGCUGUGUUGUGCAGAUUUUUGGAUAUUCACUCUGUGACAAAAAAUCACCUACUGAAGUAUUCUUUGGCUCAUGCAUUCUGCUGUUUCCUGGCUGCUGUGGAAGAUGUCAACCCAGCAGUAGCUACAAGAGCUGGGCUAUUACUUGACACCAUAAAGAGGCCAGCUUUACAGGGUCUCUGCCUCUGCCUUGAUUUCCAGUUUGACACAGUUGUCAAGGACAGACCCACAAUUCUUAGUAAGCUUUUGCUACUUCAUUUUCUAAAAGCAGAUAUUCCAGCUUUGAGCUGGGAGUUCUUUGUGAAUCGCUUUGAGACCUUGUCUCUGGAAGCACAGCUUCAUCUGGACUGCAACAAAGAAUUCCCUUUCCCAACAACUAUCACUGCUGUCCGGACAAAUGUCGCCAACCUCAGUGAUGCAGCAAUGUGGAAGAUCAAGAGGGCUCGUUUCGCACGUAAUCGUCAGAAGAGUGUGCGUUCCCUGAGGGACAGUGUGAAGGGGCCAGUGGAGUCAAAGAGAGCGCUCUCCCUUCCAGAAACCUUAACCACCAAAAUUCCUGUGAGCUUGACCAGACACGAGCAGUCUGCUCCAGCACUUGGAGGAACACCAGAGCAAACACCAGGACAACCCUCCCCAGAGAAUGAUAAUACAAUAAAAGACCUGCUGCCAGAGGAUGCUGGGAUUGAUCACCAAACUGUCCACCAGCUCAUUACUGUGCUAAUGAAGUUCAUGGCAAAGGAUGAGAGCAGUGCUGAGUCGGACAUCAGCAGCGCUAAAGCUUUCAACACAGUCAAGCGCCAUCUGUACGUCCUACUUGGUUAUGAUCAGCAGGAAGGAUGCUUCAUGAUUGCACCACAAAAAAUGCGUGUUUCGACUUGCUUUAAUGCCUUUAUUGCUGGAAUAGCACAAGUGAUGGACUAUAAUAUCAACCUGGGAAAACACCUUCUUCCCUUGGUGGUGCAGGUGCUGAAAUAUUGCACUUGUCCUCAGCUAAGGCAUUACUUUCAGCAGCCUCCUCGCUGCUCCCUCUGGUCCCUCAAACCUCACAUUCGGCAGAUGUGGUUAAAGGCUUUGCUUGUCAUUCUCUAUAAGUACCCCUACAGAGACUGUGAAAUCAGCAAGAUUGUACUUCACCUAAUCCACAUCACGGUCAAUACCCUCAACGCUCAAUAUCACAGCUGCAAGCCUCAUGCAACUGCUGGUCCUUUGUAUAGUGACAACAGUAACAUAAGCCGAUACAGUGAAAAGGAAAAAGAGGAAGACAGUGUUUUUGAUGAAUCUGAUAUUCAUGAUACACCAACUGGACCUUGCAAUAAAGAAUCUCAAACUUUCUUUGCAAGACUGAAAAGAAUUGGUGGCAGCAAAAUGGUGAAAUAUCAACCAGUUGAGAUGAAUGCUCAGAGAAGUGAAAUAGAGCUGGCUGAAUAUAGAGAGACGGGGGCCUUACAAGACAGUAUUCUGCGCUGUGUGAGAGAAGAAAGCAUUCAGAAAAAGAAACUGCGCUCUCUAAAACAAAAAUCUCUUGAUAUAGGGAAUGCAGACUCCCUGUUGUUUUCAUUAGAUGAACAUCGCAGGAAGUCCUGCAUAGACCGGUGUGACUUAGAAAAACCACCUGUCCCUGCUGCUUAUGCCAUACACAGGCAGAGUGAUUAUGGACGAUCUCGGCAGAAUUCUUCUACUAAAGCUGAAAACAUAGAAACACAAGAAAAUCUUCCUUGUACAGAGAGUUUCCAGGAGACAAGAAGACCUGUCAUACCAGAAGUUAGGUUAAACUGCAUGGAAACAUAUGAAGUGAAAGUGGACUCUCCGGUUAAACCUGCUGGUCCCAAGGAAGAUUUAGAUCUGAUAGAUUUGUCCUCUGACUCAACAUCAGGUCCUGAAAAGCAGUCAGUACUCUCCACUUCAGACAGUGACUCUUUAGUCUUUGAACCACUUCCUCCCCUUAGAAUAGUGGAGAGUGAUGAAGAAGAAGAAACAACAAACCAGCUGAAUGACGAGGUCUCUGGCAAAACUGCUGGGUCAUCUCCCUCAACUCCUAUCAAUGUCUCUGCACUCAGUCUCAGCACAACUCCUCUGGUCCAGUUCAGCAUUGAAGAUUGCUCCAGAGACUUUAGUUCUAAGGAUACAAGCAAUAAUGCUUCAUCAGGAAUAGAGGAGUUCUCUUCCACUUCUCUGAAAGAUCAAAAGGACUCUUCUGAGUUAGUUAAGCCAGAAGAACUUCAGGACACAUCCUGUGGGAACCCACUAACACUGAAACAGAAAAGGGACCUGCUGCAGAAGUCAUUUGCCCUUCCAGAAAUGUCCCUUGAUGAUAACUCUGAGCUCAGUAUGGAGGAAAUUAGACCUAGUGGAGCAAUUCCAAGCCCAAAUGUAAAGACAGUCCUUAUUAAAGUCCCUGAAGAUUCAGAAAACCAAACAGAAGGUGAUAAAUUUGAUACCAACACAGAGUCUGACACCGAACAAAACAUGGAGCAGAAACAAGGAGAGGAGACUGAGGAGUCAGAAUUUAAGAUUCAGAUUGUUCCUCGCCAGAGGAAGCAGAGGAAGAUUGCUGUGAGUGCUAUUCAGAGAGAAUACCUGGACAUAUCCUUUAACAUCCUUGACAAGCUGGGAGAGCAGAAGGAGGCAGAUCCUGCUGCCAAAGGACUUUCAACACUAGAAAUGCCGAGAGAGUCAUCAUCUGCACCAACCCUUGAAGCAGGUGUCCCGGAGACAAGCAGUCACUCUUCCAUAUCAACUCAGUUCAGACAAAUGAAAAGAGGCUCUUUGGGAGCUCUGACAAUGAACCAGCUAAUGAAGAGGCAGCUGGAACACCAGUCUAGUGCUCCCCACAAUAUCAGCACUUGGGAUACUGAGCAGAUACAGCAUGGAAAGCGGCUGUGCAAUGUCCCUGUUUGCCUAAACCCCGACUUGGAGGGACCACCACUAAGGAUCAGAGGUGCCACAAAAUCUAGCCUGCUGUCAGCACCCAGUAUAGUCAGUAUGUUUGUACCUGCACCGGAAGAAUUUGCUGAUGACCAGCCCACUGUGAUGACUGACAAGUGCCAUGACUGUGGGGCUAUUCUUGAAGAAUAUGAUGAAGAAACAUUAGGCCUGGCCAUAGUUGUGCUCUCAACCUUCAUUCACCUUAGUCCAGACUUGGCUGCUCCUCUGCUGUUGGACAUCAUGCAGUCUGUAGGAAGGUUGGCAUCAAGUACCAGUUUUUCUAAUCAAGCAGAAAGCAUGAUGAUCCCUGGAAAUGCUGCAGGUGUCGCCAAGCAGUUCCUCCGCUGUGUGUUCCAUCAGCUGGCUCCAAACGGCAUCUUCCCGCAGCUCUUCCAGAGCAAUAUUAAAGAUGGAAGUUUUCUACGGACCUUGGCCACAUCUCUUAUGGACUUCAGUGAGCUGAGUUCCAUCGCUGCUCUGAGCCAGCUGUUAGAGGGUUUAAACAACAAAAAGAAUUUACCAGCAGGGGGUGCAAUGCUACGCUGUUUGGAAAAUAUUGCUACCUUUAUGGAGGCCUUGCCGAUGGAUUCGCCAAGCAACCUCUGGACCACAAUUAGUAAUCAGUUUCAGACCUUCCUUACUAAACUUCCUUGUGUUCUGCCACUUAAGUGUUCUUUAGAUUCUAGUUUAAGAAUUAUGAUUUGCUUAUUGAAGAUACCUACCACUAGUGCCACCAGGAGUCUUCUGGAGCCUUUUUCAAAAUUAUUAAGCUUUGUAAUUCAGAAUGCUGUCUUCACUCUGGCCUACCUGGUGGAACUGUGUGGUUUGUGCUACCGAGCCUUCACUAAGGAAAGGGACAAAUUCUACUUGACGCGCAGUGUCAUCUUGGAGUUACUGCAGGCACUCAAGUUAAAGUCACCCUUACCAGACAUGAAUCUGCUGCUGUUGGUGCAGUUUGUUUGUGCAGAUGCUGGAACAAAACUAGCUGAGUCAACAAUCUUGCAUAAACAGAUGAUUGCCUCUAUGCCUGGAUGUGGAACAGCAGCAAUGGAAUGCAUGAGGCAAUAUGUUGGGGAAGUGCUGGAUUUCAUUGCAGAUAUGCAUACCUUAACCAAAUUAAAGAGUCACAUGAAGACUUGUUCUCAGCCACUGCAUGAAGACACAUUUGGUGGACAUCUGAAAGUUGGAUUAGCUCAGAUUGCUGCUAUGGAAAUCACAAGGGGAAACCACAGAGACAACAAAGCUGUGAUCAGAUAUCUGCCUUGGCUUUACCACCCCCCUUCUGCAAUGCAACAAGGGCCCAAAGAGUUCAUAGAAUGUGUCUCUCACAUUCGUUUGCUGUCCUGGCUACUUCUGGGGUCUCUGACACACAAUGUUGUCUGUCCAAAUUCUCCAUCAUCUUGCAUGCCUAUUCCACUGGAUGCGGGUUCACAAAUUGCUGACCACCUUAUUGUUAUUCUGAUUGGGUUUCCAGAGCAAUCAAAGACAUCUGUUCUGCACAUGUGUUCCCUCUUCCAUGCAUUUAUAUUUGCUCAGCUCUGGACAGUGUACUGUGAACAAACAGCAGUAGCUCCAACAGUCCAGAAUCAGAACGAAUUUAGCUUUACAGCAAUCCUUACAGCCCUGGAGUUCUGGAGCCGUGUGACACCUAGCAUCCUACAGCUAAUGGCACAUAACAAAGUGAUGGUGGAAAUGGUGUGCCUGCAUGUGAUUAGUUUAAUGGAGGCUUUACAGGAAUGCAACUCCACUAUCUUCGUAAAGCUCAUACCAAUGUGGUUGCCAAUGAUACAGUCAAACCUAAAGCAUUUAUCUGCUGGACUCCAGCUACGCCUCCAAGCCAUCCAGAGCAAUGUCAACCAUCACAGCCUAAGGAUGUUACAGGGGUCAGGCCAAAUGAACAAUAGCUCAUCUGUGCUCCGCAAAUGGCUACAGUGUACCCAGUUUAAAAUGGCUCAAGUGGAAAUUCAGUCGUCAGAAGCUGCAUCUCAGUUUUAUCCUUUAUGAUUCAUGUCAUUUAUUCCAAAUGUUCGUUUAUAGCCUAGCAAUAACAGGGUUAGAGCCGUAAAAGACCUUUUGUAUAAAUCAGCAUACUGAGUAUAUACUGUAUCUAUACUUUUUAGCAUAGGACAGAUUGUGGAAAAGCUUACAAUGGGUGAAGCUAAGAGCCUAGCCUGAUCCUGCCAGUCUUUAAUUACACUUACUCAGGAUCACAGGUUCACAAGUCUGCAUUCAUGAACAUGUAUUUGCAGGAUUAGACUCAAAUCUUUCACAUUGUACAUAUCUCUCUGAUCAUUGAAAUAUCUUGUUCUUAAAUGUUUCUUUACAUUAUUUUUGAAGCUAAGAUAAAAAACACUUUUCUUUAACUUCUAUUUUUUUUAAAAAUAGAAUUGUGGGUAUUCACAAGCAUACGGAAGUGCUACGUUGCUAUUUUUUGACGAUAACAAAAGAAAACAGGGUUUUUAGGAACCUUUAUAGGAGUUUUUUUGGGGGGUGUCUUUUUUUUUUUAGAUUCACAGCUGGCAAUGCAAUAAAACCUGUCACUAUAACCAGUGAAACCAGUGAUGUUCUAAUGAGGCUUUUUGUCAUGAUCUUCUGGGAACACAGCAGCUUGUAAGGAGAGUUAGUAUAAAGUGCACUUAGAAUUAGGUUGUUAAACUGUGCCAAUUCAUUUGUCUUUUUCUUCAGUACUGUUUUCCAAAACUGCCAAGUCUGAUUUAUUAUUUUUUGAAAUAUUGCUUUUACUUCAUUGAUUCUGUGCUGCUCUUUGUAGGUUUCAUAGAGCCUCUUUAAUUUUGUGACUACUGUAUUGUAUUCUUCUGUCAGUACUUGUACACAGUACAAAUAAAAAUGGGUAUCCCAGA